CUGUUUUGGUUUCCAAUUCAGAAACAUAGUUGGGAGAUAUAUUUUUGUCGCAUAAACAUGAAGUUGGAUCAGGCAAUAUCAUGCGUCUUUAGUGGUGGGUAAAGACCUCAGAGGGAUGUCUGACUUGUGCAUUUAUGAGUUUUUGUAUAGGAAGAAUGAACUCAUGGAAAGAGGUGGAAGGCAGUCCUUAAAGUAAAAAGCUUUAAAUUAAUACACUAUAUAAAGCAACUCUUGCAACUAUAUAUUCAGUUUGCAGGGAUGCUAUCUAUUAAGGGGCUGGUUUACCUCUUCAAUUACUUUGUCAAGUUGAUUUUGAUAAUAAAGACAUUUUCUGAAUUUUAAUAUUGAAGAUAAUCUGUGGGAUGAAUUUGGUGCAAGUGAUGAUCAUAUAGUGCCUCAUCCCAGUAACGAAUAUCUGGACCAGUAUGCAACUCAGGGUGAUGGCCGAAAGAAAUCACGAUAUGAAGUGACUGGUUUUACAAGCAUUGCUGAUAACUUAACUAUAUACGGUAUUCAGGGAAAGGAGGAAAACGACUUACUGUUUAUGUCCAAGAAGGAUAAGAUGUUGGAAAAGGGUUCAUGGUCUGACACACAGGAUGGUGUAUUUCCUGCUUCGCGUGAUAGUGACACAGCCAAAGAAGUGACAAGUGAAGCAUCUGAUGGUGCUAGGAUGUCAAGUCAAGGAUCAAAAAGUGGCACUGUAUCUAAGCUGGGUGAGUUCAGUGAAGAGAAUCAUAUCUUGGGUGACAGAUGUGUAUCAGAGGAUGAUAAUGUAUACUGUUAUCCACUCAAUCACAUUUCCCAAGCGGAUAAUGAUCUCAGCUUUCUUGAUAGUGAUCGUGAAGACAAAGAAAGCAGUGAUCUCUUGUAUUAUGGCUGGUCUGAUAUAGGAAAUUUUGAAGACGUGGACAGGAUGUUUAGAAGUUGUGAUUCAACGUUUGGGUUGGGCAGUCUUAGUAAUGAACAGGAUUUGUGUUGGUUUUCACCUACAAAUGCUGCUGAAGGAUCUGAAGAUAUAUUGAAGUCGGGCUCAGAAUUCAAUGGCUUUCCAGAACAUCAAGAAGCUUCAGGGGAAAAUGGUGCAGGUGCUUCAACUGAUGAUUCCAACAAGAAAAUUUUGGGUGCUGGAGAAAAAAUAAAUUUCAAAUCUCUGGAUACUGAUGAUUCUGGUCUUAAUCACUUGUCAUUCGUGAAUGGAUUAGAUACACAAUCAGAAAGUGCAGAUGACUUGAUGGUUAAUGAGAAGGUCAAUUUGCAAAAAAGGCAGCUGAAGCAGCAGAACAAAUCAGAUGGAAAACGAAAAGAUCGACAUGUGGAAAAUGGCUCAUUUCAGCAUUAUGAUGAACUAAAGCAAUUUACUGACCUGAAGCAUCUAUUUGGAGAUUCUUCCCUUCAAGUCUUCUCUCCAUCUGGUCUUCAGCCACAUAAACAAAACACAAAACAAAAUUCGUUGAAUUAUAUGGAGACACACAUUCCUUACAUGCGCAUAGACUACAGUCAUCCUUCUGAUCAAAUUUCUGUCUGUCCAACUCCAUCCGGUACCAAAUUUGAAAACAAUACUCACAUUUCUCCUUCUCAGAAGGAGUCUUCAUAUGCAUCAAAUCAGGUGCAGUCCAUGGAGAGCUCUCAUGGCCUUCCAUUUGAGGCUCCUUCUGUGACAACAAAUGAGAAGAGAGAAAAGCUGUUUCACUGCCAGGAUUUACAAGCGCCAUUCAGUGGGAAUUUCAAACAUGCAAAUGUUGCUGGUCCAGUGGAAUUUUGUAGUUCUCUCUCAGUUCAGAAGCAAGUCCAUCAGUCAGAACUUGGGAUGGAAGGUAAUAGUGAAGUUGACGGAGUUAGCAUUAAAGUUCCUGCAGAAUUUGACUCUUCAAAUGGACAAGAGAGCUCUUGCAUGAGCUCCGUGCUGGAUGAAAUCUCUUUGGAAGCAACCAGUUUUCGUCAGCUUCAGCAAGUUAUGGAAAAGUUGGAUAUUAGAACAAAACUUUGCAUAAGGGACAGUCUAUAUCGCUUGGCUAGGAGUGCAGAGCAAAGGCAUAACUGUGCUAAUUCGAGUGCUGGCAUCAUAGUUGACAGAGAUGCAACUGGAGCACUGAUGGCUGAAGAAACAAAUAAAUGCACAGGAUUUAUAGAUAUGGAAACUGAUACUAAUCCUAUAGACCGAUCCAUAGCACAUCUGCUGUUUCACAGGCCCUCAGACCCAACAGUAAUGCAUGCCAAGGAUGCGUUUUCAUUUAAGUCUCAAGCGAUCGUUAAUGGAUCUAUCACCAGUCCUCCGGUGAAGGGUGAGAAACAGGUUUGCUUGGAAGACACCACCAAUGAUGCAGAUAAACAUUUUCUGACAAGUGAUAACAAGUAACAAGGAGUUGUUACUUGAGCACAAUUGUUGUAAAAUAUAAUCUAUUUUUGAAACACUACAAUGAUCAUGUAUAACAACAUAUCACAAGGCUCAACAUAGGUGCCAGGUUUGAUUUAUCUUUCAAGCUCACUUCUUAGGUUUGUUUUGUAUUCAUGUCAAUGCAUAAUAGUAACGUUUGC